CAUGAUCAAUGACAGUCCCGUUUUUGGUCAGUUUUCAGCGAGAAGCGGUACACAUCUGGUUUUCAGUUUAUGGUACCCAUUUUCUGAACACGCAGUACAUUCAUAAGAAUGGAAACAAAGAGGAAAAGGGAUUUGCGUUCAUUCGCACUAUAUGCAACUGUGCGUUAACUAGAAAAAUAGUCUUAUAUAUAUAUACUUUUAAAACAAAUGACGAAGCCAACUGUCUGUCAAACGAUUUAACCAAUUUUUCGAAUGAACUCCGUGUUUUGGAUUUGCUACUAAACAGUUCACGACGAAAGAACGGUUAUUUUUAAAGCCAUCUAAUUUACUUUUACUGGUUGAUGUGGUUUAUUUAAAAGAUAUUUAAUGAACUCAAAAAUUGUCCAUGCAUUUCAUUUUCACUUCAAAUACCGAUUAUCUCGCCGACAGAAAGAUCCAUUUGGACAAUGAUAUAAAGAAUUUUUUUUUUCUAAAUUAAAAAGCUCUAAAACAUUACUGUCUUUCACUGCAUGCGCAUGAGGGUUCCAUAAGCCAAUCUUGUUGGAAUGUUACAUAGUCUGAGUCUAACGAAAAGGUUUCGAUAAUGACCUGAUAUUGACAUUGUUUGAUUGAGCGAUGACUGGUGCACCUCAAAAGAAAUCUUGGUCUCGUAAAUAAAUCCCAACUACUAAAUUCUGCUAUCAGAAACUAAUAAUAUAAAUAUAUACUAUUGAUUUAACUAAUGAUUAACCGUACUCUUUUUUGGUAACAAACUAACAACCGCCAACACAAGUUCCAUGAAAUGUUUUUGAAAAUGUCGUCUGCAGGGAAAAAAGAAAAAAAUAAUUAUUGUCAACAAGAGCUAAAUCUUCAUAAACAAUGAACGUUGUGGAAGAUACCAUCGCGAUUACUCUUUCAGUGAUAAUUUUUUUUGCCGGUGGAUGGGUGUUCUUUAUGAAGCAGCUUUUCAGAGAUUAUGAAGUUCACCAUCAUACAGUUCAACUGAUAUUUUCAGUAACAUUUGCUCUCUCUUGCAUUAUGUUUGAACUUAUUAUUUUUGAAAUUCUCGGGAUUUUAGAUGCCAGCUAUCGUUUUAUUUGCUGGAAUGUAGUGCUGUACACAAUGUUGGUGUUUGUGAUUGUAAUCAUACCAUUUUACAUAGGAUACUUUGUUCUAUCAAAUAUUCGGUUUGUCAAAAAAGGUCUUGUAAAAAUGUUGUCACUGAUUGUUUGGAUUAUCUACCUUUACCUAUUUUGGAAAGUUGGUGAUCCUUUCCCAGUGAUAAGCAGCUCAAAAAGAAGCCUUCGUUUGCUAUCUAUGGAACAAGGAAUCUCUCGCAUAGGUAUAAUUGGAGUUACAGUGAUGGCCCUUCUUUCUGGGUUUGGUGCAGUAAACUAUCCAUACACUUCCAUGGCAGUGUUCAUGAGACCAGUUACCCAUACUGACAUUCAAAUAGUGGAGAGGAAACUGAUGCAAACUAUGGACAUGAUCGUUGUGAAGAAAAAACGAAUCGCUCUCAUGGAAAGGGACUCCCGAAGUCAAAAGAACAGGAAUACUAAGGACGCUAGCACUUCAGGAGUAUGGUCUAUGUUAAAAAGCGUAGCUUCUGUUGGAGUCGGUAGCUCUGAGAACUUAUCAACUCUGAAGUGUGAAGUAUCAGCUCUUGAAGAGCUUAGUCGCCAACUUUUUGUAGAAGCAGUCGAUCUCCACACAAUGGAAGACAGGCUUGAAUGGUCUACCACUUGGCAAGGAAAAUACUUUAACUUCCUUGGUUAUUUUUUUUCCAUAUAUUGUAUGUGGAAGAUUUUCAUCAGUACCAUUAACAUCGUAUUUGAUCGAGUUGGGCGAGUGGAUCCAGUGACACGGGGACUUGAAAUAGCUAUACAUUGGGUUGGAUUGUCAAUCGACUUCAACUUUUGGUCUCAACACGUUUCGUUUUUGUUGGUUGGUUGUAUCGUCGUUACCUCAAUUAGGGGAUUACUUUUAACUCUGACAAAGUUUUUCUACGCAAUCUCAAGCAGCAAAUCAUCCAACGUCAUAGUUUUACUUCUGGCCCAAAUUAUGGGAAUGUACUUCGUAUCCUCGGUCUUACUCAUGCGCAUGAACAUGCCUGCCGAGUAUCGUACCAUCAUCACUCAAGUGCUUGGAGAUCUGCAAUUUUCAUUUUAUCACAGAUGGUUUGACGUAAUCUUCCUCGUCAGUGCGUUGUCAUCCAUUGCUUUUCUCUAUCUCGCUCACAAACAAGCGCCAUCAACGGACAGUAAACUGAAUAACUAUUGAUGCGAAAUUUUAGAUUUUGUCAUUUUUCAAAUAAGUUAUGCGGUAUUUUUUCAAAAUUGGUUCUCGUAUUGCUGGAUGUUUAUCUUGUUUGUCGUCAGUUGAGUGUGCACGUAAUAUAAAUAUUUGUGAAUAUUGAA